AUGGCCGAUGCCCCCAAACGUGCGGAGGACGAGGCUCCGCCCCCGGGGGAGACCCAAGAGACACUGAACGCGGUUGUGCCCUGGCAUCUGGACGUCGCCGGCGCUCUCCUGCACUUGGACGUUCCGGCCGUCUCCGAUCCUCACUGCUACGAACACCGCCACAGCGAGUGCCCUCCCGGGGCUGAAUUCAGUCUGGUUACAGAUGUUUACCUGCGUGGCGUGUCGCUUGAAAGGAAAACCCUCCAACAGCAGUGCAUGGGGGCGCUGCUGACCACGCUGGUGCUCCGUCUGCUCCGGUCCAGCCCAGCUCCUGCGGCUCCGGGACCUGAGACACAGCCCAUGUUGGGGCCUCCCGCCUGUGGGAAGCCCCGGGACUCGGCAGCCACAGACCAGCGGACAGGAAUGUCGGGUGCCCUGGGGCCGAACCUCAAGUUAAGAGCACCACCUCCGAGGCCCUGCUCCACGCGUGCACCUGGCGUGGUUUCCGAGGGUCCGCCGGUGCCCCUCGCCCGUGGCAGCGUGCCCGUGCUCCCGGGAGGCCCGGUGCCCUGGCGCCUGGGCUUACCACUCACCUGCCUCCUCUUUCCUUGGAACGUGACAGAAGCCACGGUGUCCUUCGCGGGUGCAGCGCCCGAGACCAUCUCCGAGACCACGACAGUGCCCGUCGAGCGGGUCAAGCUGCCGCCGCAGGUGCAGGGUGCCAGCAAGCACAUCGCCACAGACAGCGGCAAGGGCAUCACAGGCUGUGAGGUUCGUGUCCCCAAGGAGCAGGGGGUCCUGUCCUCCCGGCGUGGUCCGGCCAACGUCGUCAGAUACUUCCCCACCCAGGCUCUCGACUUCGCCUUCAAAGAUAAACACAAGCGGGUCUUCCCGGGUGGUGUGGACCACAGAGCCCAGUGGCGCUACUUUGCAGGGCAUCUGGCAUCAGGUGGUGCCGCUGGGGCCACAUCCCCAUGUCUUGUGUAUCCUCUGGAUUUUGUUCGUACCCGUCUGGCAGCUGAUGCAGGCAAAGCUGGACCGGAGAGGGAACCCAGGGGCCUCGACGACUGCCUGGGUGAGACCUACAAAUCCGAUGGGAUGGAGGGCCUCGCUGUGGAGGGUGUUCUCGUGUCCCGAGCUGCCUACCUCAGCGUCUGUGCCGCUGCAAAGGGGUCGCUCCCAGGUCCCGAGAAUACACACACGUUCCUCAGCCGGAUGACGGCACGACCCGUCACAGCGGCUGCGGGGCUGACUUCCAUCUGUUUACGCUGUUCGUCGGACAUCGGGUCCACAGGCUCGCUUCGCUGCCCGAGCAGGACACCCCGCAAGGAAGGAGGCAAAGCUUUCUACAAGGGGGCUAGUCCAGCGUGCUCAGAUGCAUGGGGCGCUUCUGCGCUUGUCUCGUGUGACGAGUCGAGAAGCUCGUGCAACUUACGCUAG